UGCACCAGCAUCGCUGCCCGCGGCGGGCAGAGCGAAGCAGCGCUGCGCCCUUGCUCCGGUGCGUGCGAGCCGGCAGGGCGUGCCCCGGUUCCCCGCCUUUGCCCGCUGCGGCUCCCUGGCAUGGCCGCCUUGCCAAAGCGCGGCUCCUCUCUGGGCCGGCGCGCAGCCGUCGCCCCACCGCCACCGUCCCUCGCCUUCCCUCCUCCGGUCGAUUAUUUGCCGCUCCAGCAAAAGCUGGGUCGAGCGGCGGCAGGUGCCCGGCUCGGUCUCGGUUCGCUGCGGUGGGUGGCGGUGAGAUGCGGUCCCAGCUGAGCCGCUCGCUGCCCUGGCAGGCGAGCGAUGCCUCCUUCCACUCCCAGCGGUAAUUUAGGGCGGUUUCCACCGCCGCUUGCAGGAAGCCGCGUGCAGGCAGCAUCAGUGACGUUGCCGGCAUCAGCGUGGUGAGAUGGCUCGGCAGCUCGUACGGAUCAUGCGCCCGGACGAUGCCAAUGUCGCAGGGAAUGUCCACGGGGGAACCAUCCUGAAGAUGAUCGAGGAGGCGGGAGCCAUCAUCAGCACCCGCCACUGCAACUCCCAGGCCGGGGAGCCCUGCGUGGCCGCGCUGGCGCGGGUGGAACGGACGGACUUCCUCUCCCCGGUGUGCAUCGGCGAGGUGGCCAACGUCAGCGCUGAGAUCACCUACACUUCCCGGCACUCCGUGGAGGUCCAGGUCAACGUCAUGUCUGAAAAUAUUUUAACAGGGGCGAAGAAGGUAACGAACAAGGCGACGCUGUGGUAUGUGCCGCUGUCCCUGAAGAACGUGAACAAGGUCCUUGAGGUUCCCCCCAUCCAGUACGCAAGAAAGGAGAUGGAGGAUGAGGGGAGAAAGCGUUACGAGGAGCAAAAGCUGGAUCGGCUGGAAACUAAGCAGAGAAAUGGUGACAUGAUCUUGCCCGUCAUCAAUCCAGAUAGGCAGACGAAAGAGCCGCACACCGUUGGCUACAGCCAGUCCAGCCUGAUCCACCUGGUGGGGCCGUCGGACUGCACGCUGCUGGGCUUCGUGCAUGGAGGUGUCACCAUGAAGCUCAUGGAUGAGGUUGCCGGGAUUGUGGCCGCCCGCCACUGCAAGACCAACAUUGUCACUGCCUCGGUGGAUGCCAUCAACUUCCAUGAGAAGAUCAAAAAAGGCUGCGUCAUCACCAUUUCGGGGCGCAUGACCUUCACUAGCAAUAAGUCCAUGGAAAUCGAAGUCUUUGUGGAUGCUGACCCGUUUGUGGAUGAGCCUCGGGAGCGGUACCGUGCUGUCAGCGCCUUCUUCACCUAUGUCUCCCUGAGCAAGGAGGGGAAGCCCCUGCCUGUCCCGCAGCUGCUGACUGAGACGGAGGACGAGAAGCGGCGCUUUGAGGAAGGGAAGGGCAGGUACCUCCAGACGAAAGCCAAGCGGCAGGCGCAGAUGCAGCAGGCUGCCCGGCAGUGAUGCCGCCCCGCGCUCUCGCAGCCUUCGCCCGCCCAACGUCCAGGUUCCCAUUAGUGUCGUGUCCGGUCCGUGCCGGGCCUCGCGCCUUUGCCCGCCCCAGCCUGCUGCCGGAGCUGCCGCGGCGGUGCGGUUGCUUCGCUGCUGAUCGGUUUAGCAUUGUAGGCCUUGUGCUUUAGGUGGCUUAAGCGCCCCGAAAGCCUCCGGGAGCCUUCCCGGUCGCUUGCCGUUCGCCUCUGGAGCCCUGUUCUCACAGUUCAACCCCGUAAGCAAAGCUCCCGGCGGUGCCGGAGCAGGGCAGAGGCACGUGGCGGCACGAGGGACGCGCGAGGCCACGAGUCUUUGUGGUGCUGUGUUAAACUUGCCAGUAUGUCCUAAAACCGCACACCAAAGCUUACGUACGAUACUCGCGACGAGGAACGCGCCCCGGUACCGUACCGAAUGUCUUGGACCGUUUCGUUGACAUCUCUAGGUAGUCUCUUUGUGCACAUCUAAGUUAUUUAAGGAAUCCUGUGGCAUAAAUAAAGUCUGUUGUCAUUGACUGAAAUAAAACAA